AUGCCUGAAGGACUCAACACAGAGGUCGGCCGUGGCGGCUCAAGGCUUUCUGGUGGACAGAAGCAGCGAAUAGCCAUCGCCAGGGCUCUCGUCAAGAAGCCGGAGCUGCUUAUUUUGGACGAGGCGACCUCUGCUCUGGAUGCCGCCAGCGAAAAAGUGGUUCAGGAAGCUCUCAACAAGCUGCUUGCCACAAAGAAGUUCAACGCCCUCGUCAUCGCCCACAGAUUAAGCACCAUCCGCGACUGUGACUACAUCGUGGUGUUCGUGAACCACAACACUCGUGGCUCUCAAAUAGCAGAAGUCGGCAACCAUCAACAACUAAUGGCAAUCAAGGACGGAGUAUACAGCAAGCUGGUUCGAAUCGCGGAAGGCGCAAGCCAUUAA